GAACCAGCUGAGGUAUAUCCCUGGCCGCGCUCUCGAGGGUCUCCACAACCUUAAAGUUCUUAUGCUACAAAAUAACCAACUUGAGAAACUUCCCAAUGAUGCUCCAUGGGAUCUGCCCAAUCUACUGUCCCUGUGAGCGCCUUGAUGCUAACCUGCUGUCUGAGGUUCCGGCUGGGGCAUUUCGAGGGGUUCGCUCUCUAAGGCACCUGUGGUUGGAUGAUAACUCUCUGAAUGAGAUCCCAGUGUCGGCUCUGGACUACCUGCCCUCCCUGCAGGCCAUGACGCUGGCCCUUAAUCAGAUCACCCACAUCCCUGAUUAUGCGUUCACCAACCUCACUGCUCUCGUUGUACUGCAUCUUCAUAACAACAAGAUUGAGAGCAUGGGUGCAAGAUGUUUUGAAGGUCUUCACAGUCUGGAGACACUGGAUUUGAACUACAAUGAUCUGCAGGAGUUCCCUGUGGCCAUCAGGACACUGAGUAAGCUUCAGGAACUGGGUUUUCAUAACAACAAUAUCAAAGCCAUCCCUGAGAGGGCCUUCGUGGGAAACCCACAGCUCCAAACUAUUCACUUCUAUGAGAACCCCAUCCAGUUUGUGGGAAAAUCCGCUUUCCAGUUCUUACCUAAGCUGCACACACUUUCCCUUAACGGAGCAACCCAGAUCCAAGAGUUUCCAGACCUGAAAGGAACCACCAGCCUGGAAAUUUUGACGCUGACUCGAGCUGGUCUCUCAGCUCUCCCUCUGGACCUAUGUGAGCAGCUGCCUCAUCUAAGAGUGCUGGAGCUGUCUUACAACCAAAUAGAAGAUUUGCCCAGCUUUUACCACUGCUCUGCAUUGCAAGAGAUAGGGCUACAGCAUAACCAAAUCAGAAGGAUAGAGUCAAGCACCUUCCAGCAACUUACCUCUCUUAGAGCACUUGAUCUGAGCUGGAAUACGAUCGAGUGGAUUCACAUGGACGCCUUCGCCACGCUUCACUCUUUGAUCAAACUGGACCUUACUGAGAACCGACUCAGCUCAGUGCCUGUAGCAGGUUUAGGGGGUCUCACUCAUCUCAAGCUGAGGGGGAACACAGAACUAUAUGAGGCCUUCAGUCCUGAUCACUUCCCCCGUAUAAGGGUAAUAGAGAUGCCUUAUGCUUACCAGUGCUGUGUGUAUGGUUCCUGUGAUAACUACAAGCCGGCAAGUCAGUGGGACACAGAGCAGAGCAACACAGAUGAGGAGUUACACAAGAAGGCUGUGGCAAUGUACCCUAUCCAUGCUGAUACACACUAUGACCCUGACCUGGAGGAGUUCCAACUAGAAAUAGAGGAAUCCAAACUACAAACCAGUGUACAAUGUACACCAACUCCAGGUCCUUUCCGUCCUUGUGACUCUCUGUUAGGAAGCUGGUUAGUUCGUGUAGGCUUAUGGACCAUCUCCUUGGUGUCUCUUCUUGGGAACUCCCUCCUGCUCCUGUCCCUCUUCGGCUCACCGGGCUACCUGUCACCGCUACGCUUCACUGUGGCCUGCAUGGGUGCAUCCAACCUGUUGACAGGUGUUUGUACAUGUACCCUGGCCCUUGUGGACUCGCUAACCCUGGGAGAGUUUGGUCACCAUGGUGCCCGCUGGGAGGGGGGUCCUGGUUGUCAGGCAACAGGUUGGGUCUGGGUGUUCGCAUCUGAGGCAAGUGUGCUGCUGCUCACUCUGGCAGCUGUGCAGUGUGGUGUGAGCGUGACAUGCGCUCGUGCCUACGGGAAGUCCCCAUCCCUAGGUAGUGUACGCACAUGUGCACUUUUCUGCCUCACUCUUGCCUUCACCCUCGCUUCUCUACCACUGGUAGGUGUUGGGGAGUACGGGUCCUCCCCUUUCUGUCUUCCUUCGCCCCUGCCUCCACCAUCCUCUCGGCUACCAUCGUCCCUUGGGUUUCCUUUGUCACUCAUUAUGAUGAACACCCUGUGCCUACUUAUAGUCACAGGUUCAUACAUUCGCCUCUACUGGGAGUUACUUAGGGGAGAGUGUGAGGGCCUAUGGGACUGCGCUAUGAUCAAACAUGUUGCCUGGCUUAUAUUCACCAAUGGCCUCCUGUAUGUCCCAGUGGCUUUCCUCUCCCUUUGCUCUCUCCUUGGUCUCCUCUCUUUGGGGGAGGAGGUGCUAAAAUCAGUACUCCUUCUUCUCCAGCCCCUUCCUGCUUGCCUUAACCCCCUCUUAUUCCUCCUUUUUACACGGGACCACUCCCAAUUUUUCUUCUGGCCUCAUCCAAAAGCGCGUCCACAGCUACGCCGAGACCGCACCCUAGACUCGUUGGUUUCUGUGGACACAGAAAAGAGCUCCUGUUCUGAUUCAUCAACACAGGUGUCACUUGCAGAAGCGGACCCCAUGUGCAGUGGGGGGACCCCUCUGCAAUCCCAAGUGGAUCCAGUUAGGUUUUCCCAUUACUCCUCUACUUCUUCUGUUCCCCUCAUCCCUUGCCAGAUACCCAGUCCCAGCGCCAGAGAAAGAGACAGGGCAACAGAACGAGGGAGUCUAAGCGACAAUGAAUGUCUGAAGAGUUUGGAUCAAGAAGUGAUUCAUAGCACUUGCUCUAUUUAUCACUCUUCUAUGACUCCCUCUCUCAACUUUCAUCCAUGAGCCUUUAAGCUAGCUGCCUGAAAAGCUGGGACACAAUGGACAAUCAAGGACUCAUCUUUGAACAGCAGCAAGACCAGCUCUGGGUUUUCGAUACUCAAGCACCUCAGAAUGGGUUGAUACAAAGACUGCAGAGUAUUCUACAGAAAUGUAUGAGAACACAACAGAGUGCCUCUGAAAACAGUGCAACUAAGAGUUCCCUUCACAGCAGAGACAAUGAAAGGAAACACCACAAACCAACAUGACUGUCAAAAUAAAGGAACAUUUUGGAAACCAUUUGGGGUUUGCCUCCGUCAUAGACUUACAUGACAAAAAGGAAGCUCAUGAAGAGGUCGUUUCCUUCAUGGAAAAUCUAAGCAUCAGACAAAUCAAUGGUGUAGCAUGGGGGAAUAUAGGUAGAUCCCAUAGAAUAUUAUAUGCAAAUGUUAAUACUGAAUGUGAUCAUGAGAAAUGCAGAUUAGAGGUUACAGACUGUUUGGUUAUAUUUUAAGUGAAUUUAUCUUUUUUAUUUUUAAUAUAAGUGCUAUCCUAUUGCAAAGGUCUGUUUCAAUAAAAGGGAAUCAUCAUGAGACACACAAGGACAUCUCACCAGAGUAAGCUAACAUUUUUCAUUCACAGAAAUGUCAGAUAUACUUCUCGCAACUGUGUAAAAGCUGUUAUGACAUUUUCAAAACUGCUAGUGGAAACAGACUGCACAUACAGUUUCACAUGGUUUACAGGUUUUGUCUCAAAUAAGCAGAUAUACAAACUGCAUUGGAUGUAGCUAUCUGUCAACAGACUUUAGAGUAGGCUAGCAAUAUGUACAUACAAUGUAACUACCUCUGAACUAGCAUGGUAUUGACCCACUACAGCCCUAUGAUGUUUGUCUCCCUUUUUAUAUGAUACACAGCAAAUAUAUUAUUUUAUAUAUUGAGAAAUAAAUCUUUAGUUUGUAAAAAAAAAACAACCUUGCUUUUUAGGAUGUAAAUACUUUGUAUACA